UCUAUUAAAAACCAUAAAAUUUAUUCACAUCUCAAGAAAAUUGUCCACCACUUCUCUCUACUACUCUCAAUCAUUCCCAUCUCUUCUUCAUCUUUGAUUUUUAUGAAACAUAAUUAGAGUCCUCCAUCACCCCAAAAAAUUGCGCGUUCAGUUGAAUCUUUUAAGUUCAUAUCUUGAAUUCGUCUUUCUGACUCUCCAACAUGUCGGAUUACGACUUUUCUUCAUCUAGGACCUCAUGUGCUUGUCAUUGUGUCAAACUCAUAGUGAGUUUAGGUGUCCUAGCUUUGAUCCUAUGGCUAAGUCUACGUACCACAAAGCCUAAGUGUUCCAUCGGAGAUGUUUACGUUCGAGGCCUUGAUAAAUCGGUCAACUCCAACAACAACAUGACUAGACGUGACAACCAUGUAUCAUUUCAACUCAAUUUGAAGAAUGAAAUGAAGGACAAAAGCAUUCGUUACAAUGAUAUUACACUUAAUUUCUACUAUGGUACAAAUACAAGUUACCCUAUAGGUAAUUAUACAUUUGAUGGAUUUAAACAAGGUAAAGAUAAAGAAGCUUCUAAAAGUGGCAUGAUUGAGGCACAUAAUAUGCCAUGGGAUGAUGCAAUUAAGGCUGUUUCAAAUGGAUCAAAGGCAACAUUUAGAGUUGAUAUAGAGGUAAUUGACGACUGCUUAGUGCUAUCAAAAGAUGCCAAAGGAUGGAGAAUACCUUCAAGGAGGGUCAAGGGACCUUGGCAACGUCAAACAAAAGCAAAAGAAGAGCCGGGAGAAGCAUGGGAGGUACAUGUGCCCAAAGUGCGCCUGACCUGCUCAAGCAGAUGCCAAACAGUGGCAUCUACAUGUCAUCUGCGCUCAAGGUGUGCCCCAUAUCUGCUUGAGCAGAUGCAAAGCGGGCUGACUUGUUUCUUUUGUUACAAAUGAGUCACUUUUGGAUCCAACAGUUGUAAUAAUUAGUCCUAGACUAUAAAUAGGAGCUUUCUUUCAUUUUUGAGACUAACUCUGAUGCUAAUGAACUUUUACUCUCUUGAGAGUGCGUGUGAGCUUGGAAUAGCUUGUGUUGAAACUUUGUUUAGAAACAUUGGUUGCUUGAGAAUCGAUUUUCUUGUGGUCAGCGUUAGAUUUAGGUGCUUGUUUGAUUACUGGAUAGAGGAUUAAGAGUUUAACAUUCCCUUUGUUUGCUAUUAAUUCCAUUCUUGUGUCUAUCUUAUUCUUAUCUUUUUAUCUUUCA